CACAGUGGUCUUCUUGUGGAUAGCUUUACUAAUCUGGAUUCUGGACACACAUAAAAUCCUCUUCUUCUUCCUUCUUCUUCUUCAUUUUAGUGAGAAACGAGGAAGAUAAAAUGGCGAUGGAUCUUCGAAUCCCUUGUAGUAAUUUCAACUAUUAUCACAAGUGGUCAUCACCAUCAUCUUCAUCAUGCAAAGAUUUCAUUCAAAACAGUACUCAUUUAGCAAUUCCAUCAAACAGAUACAAGACUAAAAGGAACAGUACCACCAGAAUCAGAGCAGUGGCAACAACAAGAGAAGAUCUCGACGAAUUUGACCUAGGUCGUAGUAGUAGUGGAACUAAUACUUCUCAGCUUCACAAAGUCACAGUUCAUGAUAGGGAGCGAGGUGUUGUUCACGAGUUCUUCGUUCCCGAGGAUCAGUAUAUAUUGCAUACUGCUGAGGCUCAGAAUAUUUCUUUGCCAUUUGCUUGUAGACAUGGUUGCUGCACGAGUUGUGCGGUUCGGAUUAAAUCGGGAGAAUUAAGACAGCCUGAGGCCCUUGGCAUUUCGGCUGAACUCAAAGAUCAGGGUUAUGCUUUGCUCUGCGUGGGAUUUCCGUCCUCUGACAUAGAAGUUGAAACCCAGGACGAAGACGAGGUGUAUUGGCUCCAAUUUGGAAGAUAUUUUGCCAGAGGACCAGUUGAAAGAGAUGACUACGCGUUGGAGCUGGCUUUAGGGGAUGAAUGAGAUAAAUACUAAUCAAAUACGGAACUGCAGCAUCUGAGUUUACUUUAUAUGUUUGGAAGGAGGCUAAGAGUAGAGCACUAAGCUAAGGCAAGAAACGUUUUUGUAUUAUUAUCCUUCUCUUUGUCUAGCGUCAUCUCUUGAAGGGUCGUGCAGUAUGCAAACAACAACCGUAGAGAUUUCCACAUCCCAAAAAUCUGCAGAAUUGGAAGUUCUUUUCUUUGUUUGAAUAGCGAAAUUCCAACCACAAUGUAUUCCCUCUCCUUUUUGUGUAUGUGUUAUUAGUUUACGUCCUGCUGCCUCGUAUAUUGUACAUUAAUGCUUAUUGUUGUCACACUGAUGCUUAUUGUUGUUACAUUCCGUUUUCUAAUCAUAUGUUCUUUA